AUGAAGGCCUAUAUCAACCGCACCGCCACCUUCGCCUGGUCGCCUGCCACCUACGAGUCCGAUGCUCCCCUGAUCGCAACCGGCACCGUCGCAGGCGCACUCGAUGAGUCCUUCAGCAACGAGAGCCUCCUCGAGCUCUGGCAGCCCGACUACGCCGCCUCCUCCCACGACUCUGCCAGCAACGCCUCGGCAGACCCAAAGCCAAUCGCUUCCAUCUCCACAAGCGCUCGCUUCAACCGCCUCGCUUGGGGCUAUGCCAACUCCACCCGCCCCAAGGGCCUUCUCGCCGCCGGUCUCGAGAACGGCGAGCUCGGCAUCUGGGACGCACAAAAGGUCAUCGCAGGCGCUUCCGAGGCAGACGCACAGCUCAUCAAAAACACAACACAUACCGGUCCCGUCCGCGGCCUCGACUUCAACCCGCUCCAGCCAAACCUCCUCUCCAGCGGCGCCGUCGCAGGCGAAAUCUUUAUCUGGGACCUCAACUCGCCCGCAAAACCCUACUCCCCCGGCGCUCGCUCCCAGAAGCUCGACGAAAUCACCUCGCUCGCAUGGAACUGCCAGGUGCCCCACGUUCUCGCAACCUCCUCCAGCUCCGGAUACACCGUCGUAUGGGACCUCAAGGGAAAGCGCGAAGUCGUCGCUCUCCAGUACGGCGGUGGCGCAGGCACCGCAGGCGGCGCUCUCGGCUCCGGCUUCAAUGCCGGCGGUGCCCUCGCUGCCGGUGGCCGUCGCGGCAUGAGCGCCGUCGCCUGGCAUCCCGACACUCCCACCCGCCUCGUCACCGCCAGCGAAGACGACUCCAGCCCCGUCAUCAUGCUCUGGGAUCUCAGAAACUCGCGCGCCCCCGAAAAGAUCAUGACCGGUCACGACAAGGGCGUCCUCUCCCUCUCCUGGUGCAAACAGGACGCCGACCUCCUCCUCUCGUGCGGCAAGGACAACCGCUCCAUCUGCUGGAACCCGCAGACGUGCGAGAUCGUCGGCGAACUCCCCUCCAGCUCAAACUGGUCCUUCGAGGUACAGUGGUCGCCUCGCAACCCCGCCAUGCUCGCAACCGCCAGCUUCGACGGCAAGAUCGGCGUACACUCGCUUCAGAGCACCAACGCACCCGACACCGACGCCGCAGCCGCAGCGGCCGCACCCCAGCUCUCCGACGGCUCCGACUUUUUCAACCAGGCCACCACCGCAGACGCGCCUUCCAAGGGCCUCUCGCUCAAGCAGCCGCCCAAGUGGCUUCGCCGUCCCGUCUCCGCCGUCUUUGGCUUCGGCGGUCAGCUCGUCUCCACCGGCGGCCCCUCCAGCAAGCCCUUCACCCCCACCGUCCACCUCCGCCACCUCGUCUCCGAGCCUUCCAUCGUCGAACGCGCCACAAAACUCCAGUCUGCACUCGACGGUCAGAGCCUCGCCGAGUUCUGUGCAGAGCGCAGCCAGGACCCCUCCACAAGACCCGACGACAUUGCAAACUGGAAGGCUCUCCAAACCCUGUUCCGCGCAGACUCGCGCGACGAACUCGUCGCCCUCCUCGGCUUCUCCAAGGAAGACGUCGCCAACAAGGUCUCCCAGUCCAUCGCCGCUUUCAAGACCAACGGCACCACCGCCCCGGAGGAGCCCGCCGCCGUCUCCGCGAAGAGCAUCGAUGAUCCUUCGGCUGCAAAGGACGCUCCCGUCGAGACUGCCGCCGAGGUCGCUGCCGAGACCCCAGCUGUGUCCGAGGAGACCGCCGACCCUGCUCCGUCGACCGACGCCAAGGACGCCAACGAGCCCAGCCUCUUUGGCGACGACGCAACUGCAUCGGCCAACGACGGCUCCGACUUCUUCAACCAGCUUUCCAGCGGCCAGCCACCUGCGCUCCGAUCCGCUCUGCCCGACCACCUGCUCUCCGAGUCCCAGGCUCCCUUCCACUCGUCCGCCGCCGCAACCGCUGGCUCGCCCGGACCCUCGUCCGUCGCAAGCGAAAACAUCCGCUCCUCCACCUUCAAGAUCUACCCCUCCGAGGAAUCCGAAGCCGACAAGCUUAUCACGCGCGCCCUCGUCCUCGGCGACUUUGAGAGCGCCGUCUCCCUCUGCAUCAACUCCGACCGCUUCGCAGACGCUUUUCUCCUCGCCGUCCGCGGCGGAGAGCAGCUCCUCGCAAAAGCGCAGAAGGCCUACUUUGAGAAGCGCACCGCUCAGCUCCCCUACCUCCGCCUCUUCCAGAGCAUCGUCUCGGACGAUCUCACCGACGUCGUGCAGAACGCCGACCUGGGCGAGUGGCAGGAGAUCUUUGUCGUGCUCUGCACCUUUGCCAAGCAGGACGAGUUCAGCAACCUCACCGAACAGCUCGGCCAGCGCCUCGAGUUCCAGUAUACGCUCGCACGCAACUCGGACGCUGCCCAGGCCAAGGAGCACCGCAAGAACGCCGUGCUCUGCUACCUCGCCGCUGGCAAGCUCGAGAAGGUUGCAGGCAUGUGGAUCGACGAGAUGAAGGAGGAGGAGCUUGCGCUCCGCACCAACUCCAAGGACGGCGCCGAUGCAUCGCACGAUGGCACCCUCUACUCUGCCCGCGCCGAGGCGCUCCAGACAUUCAUGGAGAAGAUCACCGUCUUCCAGAGCGCCGUCGGCUACGUCGAUGUCGAUCUGCAGCAGCCCACGCAGGACUCGCUCGUCGCAGAGACUGGCGCCAGGCUGUACAAGCUCGCGCCGCUCUACGACCGCAUCCACGAGUACGUCGAGCUCCUGGCCGACCAGGGUCUCAUCACCCCUGCGCUCAGGUUCGCUGGCCAGACGCCCGCCGACUACCGUCCCCAGGGCCCCGUUGACCAGGGCGCCGCCACCGGUCUCACCGCCACUGCGCUCAAGGAGCGCCUGCUCAAGGCGGAGAGCGCGCGUCCCAAGGCAGAGGCCGUUGCGGCCGAAGCCACCGACAAUGUUGCAGCUGCCGCUUCGUCCAGCUCCGCCUACGCCGCUGCCCCCUCGGCGAACGGCUACACUCCCUACAACCCGUACGGCCAGACCAGCGCGCCUGCUCCUUCCGUUCCGUCGGUGCCAUCGGUCCCUGCAGUGCCCUCGUACCAGGACCCCUACGCAGCCGCAGCUCCGGCUCCCGUCGCCGCUCAGCCUGCCACGCAGUCGCGCUACGCGCCUGCCGUUCCUGCGCCCGUGCCCAACGUGAUCCAGUCCGAGCCUGCACAAUCGAACACGUACGGAGGUUAUGGCCAGGCUUACCAGAGCGCGUACCAGCCCGCCCAGCCCAUGAUCCCCGCCCCGCCCACGUUUGGUGCGUCGUCUUACGGACAGCCGCAGCAGCAGCAGAGCCUGCCGCCACCGCCCCCUCUCAAGCGCGACCAGUCCGGCUGGAACGACGUGCCCGAGGGACUGUCGGCGCCCAAGCGCACGCCCAGCGCCAUGUCGCAGCACAAGUCGACGUCGGCCAUCACGUCGCCGUUCCCCAAUGCACCGGCGCAGGCACCAUCGCCGUACGGCGGCGCGGGUCCAGGUGCGCCGCCUCAGGGUCCUCCGCGUGGAGCCACACCGUCGCGCGGCAUGAUCAGCCCGCCGCCGCAAGGACCGCCUUCGGGACCUGGGCUUGCGCAGCAGCGAGCCGGACCCCCUGGCGUUCGACCUCCGCCAACGGGUCCCAUGCAGAUGCAGCCUCGACCGGGGCAGCAGCCGUACGGCGCGCCCGCCCCGGGCCAGCCUCAGCAGGGACCUACCGGUCAAGCUGCUCCUUCGGCUGGACCUUACGCCCGACCGCCCUCUGGAGGCCCUUACGGCAACGGGGUCCAGCAGCAGCAGCAGCAGCAGCAGGGCCCUCCUGGCGCGGCAGCGCUGCGUCCGCCCGGCCAGGGUCUGCCUGGUGCGCCCGGUAUUGCGGGUCCCCCGGGUGUGCCGCAGCGUUCGGCGACUCCCGGUGGAGGCGCGGGUGCGCCGGCACGAACUGGCACGCCUGGAGCGCGCAAUGCUCCGACGAUGAAGUACCCUCCGGGCGACCGAUCGCACAUCCCCGAGAACCAGCGUCCGAUCCAGCACGCGCUGCAGCGCGAGGUGGCGCGUCUCAAGGCGACGGCGCCGCCGGCACAGAAGAGGAUGGUGGACGAUACCGAGCGCCGCAUCAACCUGCUGCUCGACCACCUCAACUGCGGCACGAUUGAUGCCAAGACGGUGCAGGGCCUGCUGCAGAUCGUGGCGGCCAUCGAGGCGAGGAACAAGCAGGCGGCGCUCAAUGUGCAUCUCCAGCUCGUCACGAGCAGCUCGGGCGACGUGGCUGCCGGCCUGGUGGGUGUCAAGAUGAUCAUCUCGCGUCUGUAG